AUGCGCUGGAUGGCAAUCGGAAACCCUCUUGUCAAUAACACUACCAACCACACCGCCCCCGGCACUCCACUGCGCCGCGGCCAUGGACGUCCAAUCGUAUUAGCAAAGCUCCUUCCAGACGGCGGAGCCCAGACUGGCUCCCGUGGGCGGCAUGGAGGAAUCCUACUCUUCGCUGUGGUUCGGUAUCGGGACACCGGUGUCGCGAAGCGCCUAGUUGAGCAUGGUGCGGACAUCAGCACCAGCGACGGUCGGGGAAUAAGCAUCACUACGUUUCUCGCUGGCCAACCUAUCGCCAUAGGUUCCCUGUGCGGGAGUUUGGGGACGCCGUAGUACGCGCUGCCGACGGGGGCGACCCCGCACAGAUCGCCCCAGUGUCAGACUCUUUGCGGAGCUCCGGCUGUGAAAGCCUGGAGAAAGGAGCGGAGCCUGAUGUCCCAAAUGCUACCGGCUUAACGGCUCUCCACACCACGCCUUCUCCGGAAGUGGGACACUCGAGAAUUCCCAAGAAUUACCGGAAAUUGGACGGACAUCAACCUGCACAGUCGUAAUGACCAGACGCCGCUCCUCUUCGCCGCUAGUAAUUACCGGUAACUACCGUAGAGAGGGCUGGUCGAGGGACCAACCAAUCACGGAACCCACGCCACUGCCCAGUGCAACGAUGGACGCAGCGUGGCGUACUAGGCGGGCUUCCAUCGCAUGAAGGAUGUUGUCCGAGUGCCUAUUGGGAAGCUGCUGCUCGUGGAGGGUUUGGGCUGGAUUGAACAUGAUGAGCACAUGCUACUGCCUUGGGUGGGUUAUU